UCGGGUGCGUGUCCAGCCCAAGCACAAAACCGACGCUGUCCUUUGCCUUCUUCCUCCGUCGUCGUCGUCGUCGUCUCCUCGAUCGGGUUACCACGGCUGCGGGCUACGGCGACUAGCUUCCUUCUCUCGCCGAAGCGAGACCUCGCCUCCCCCGAGGAACCUGUGUGCAAUAAUUUGUUGUUACCUCUGGCAUCCAUAAGAUGGAGGUCCUGAGUUGGAGAACGGUGUGCCUCUUGGUUCUCUGCACCGUGGCGUUGCUGCGCCCGGCUGCGGCUAUCCGCUUUGUGAUUGACAGGGAAGAGUGUUUCUCGCAUAACGUGGAGUAUGAGGGGGAUACUGUUCAUGUAUCGUUCGUGGUGAUCAAGGCUGACACCCCAUGGCAUUAUAGCGAGGACGGAGUGGAUCUUGUGGUUAAGGAUCCUAAUGGUGCUCAAGUCCGUGAUUCUCGUGACAAGACUAGUGAUAAGUUUGAGUUCAUAGUUCAGAAGAGAGGCGUACAUCGCUUCUGCUUCACCAAUAAAUCCCCAUACCAUGAAACUGUAGAUUUUGAUGUGCAUGUUGGCCAUUUUUCGUACUUUGAUCAGCAUGCGAAAGAUGAACAUUUUGCUCCUUUGUUUGAACAAAUAGCAAAAUUAGAUGAAGCGCUUUACAACAUUCAGUUCGAGCAGCACUGGCUAGAGGCCCAAACUGACCGACAAGCUAUAUUGAACGAAAACAUGAGCAGGAGGGCUGUCCACAAGGCUCUAUUGGAGUCAGCAGCGCUGAUUGCAGCUAGCGUCAUUCAAGUCUAUCUAUUGCGCCGCCUCUUUGAGCGCAAGUUGGGGACAUCCAGGGUCUAAAUACUCCAAAAGUAGCAGCUCCUCCUAAUUUACACUCUCGUCAUCCCAACUAAAGCUGUAAUUCCGAACUGUAUUGGUUGCUAGAUCUGCUGUUUACAUGCUGUGGGUUGCUGUCACAUAGACCUUUAAUUAUUAUGAUUCCAUUAGAUGUUUUCCUUGAAACUAUACUAUCAGGACCACAUACUCGCAUCAGCUUCACUAUGCAGCUUCCAUCUACAGCUGCAACGGUCCCAUGAAUGUUCUCUUCGAUUGGAA